AUGCUUCUACGAUCUUUCAAGACUUGCUUGACUCAGCGCUCAUUCUACAGCACACAGACAUUCAAGUCUGCUUUAGACAAAAAGUCGAUUCAGUUUACAAGUAAACACUUGAAACAAGCACUCGAUCGUAAAGACGUAGUGUUUUAUGAAGCACCUCGAGGUGUCAAACGUACCUUUUUUUGGAUGUAUAUUUCUGCUGGUGUUCAACUUUUGUUUUGGGGUAAUUUAGCUAAUUUGGCUUAUGUAUCUUAUGCUGUCAAAGAAAAUGAAGAUGCUCCUGCUGUACUUGCACCUCAAGGGAAACGUUUGGCUAUUGCAGGUGGAUUAGUAGCAGCAGGUGUUGGUAUUGCUUCUUUUAUGUGUCUCUAUCCUUGGAGGUACAAUGUCGUCUAA